AUGGGCACAGAAGUCAGCGCAGCAAAUCUGGCCAAGGUCCAAGCUGCCGUUACCGAGACAUGGACGUUGUAUGCAUUUGGGAGCCUGGCUAUUGUACUUCGCGUAUAUAGUCGAACUCGUUUGGUAGGUUUGGCAGGUUACCAUGCCGAUGACUACUUGGUAUGGUUUGGAUGGGUGAGCAAAGUAUCGCAGGGAAACUAUGUCAUUCGAGCUCAUACGGUCCAGAUUUGUUAUACGAUUAUGACCGUGGCUGCGCAUAUCGUCGGAGCCACUGGCGACACGUCUUAUCUUGGGACAGAAUCGGAUCGGUUGUCUCUGGUACAAGAUUCUCCGGACGAAGCAGCCCAGAGGCAGCUCGGGACAAAAUGGUUCCUCAUCGGUUGGUUCACGUAUAUUGGGCUCAUCUGGACGCUAAAGAUGAACAUGUUAUUCCUCUAUCAGCGCAUUGUUGGCCAUCUAUGGGUUAGAAAAUCCAUUCUCCCAGCCAUGAUAAUUGUCGGCACCAGUGCAAUUGCCAUGUGGGUAUUGCUAGCCACAGCAUGCCGCCCGUUCAACCACUUGUGGCAAAUUUAUCCGGACCCUGGCGCAUAUUGUUUUCCUCAGAGUAGUCUCUUUUUGAUCACAAUCCUGGUUGUCAACCUCGUCACGGAUUUUUGUAUUUUGUUAAUACCAAUACCGAUCAUUAUUCCCCUCAAGGUAUCUCCGACCAGGAAAGUAGGUUUAACUAUCCUCUUUGGUGCGGGCAUAUUUACCAUGGUGGCUGCUAUAUUGCGAGUACACUUUGUGGUAGAAGAACACAAAGGUGAGGAAGCGGCCAUUUGGUCAUGCCGCGAAGACAUUGUUGCAAUCAUGAUCGGCCAAGCAACAAUGAUUCGACCCUUUUUCACGACACGUUUUUGGGGCAGUAAUCCUCGCAGCUCCUCGUACCAGAACAAACCAAGCAAUGGGGAAUCGAACGGCAACGAAGUAACACUCCAAACGAUUGGCGCGAAACGAUCACGCCCGCCAUUCUGGAAGCUUGGCGAUCCAUAUGAUACCACCACCAUAGCCACUGUAAAUGAAAGUGAGGAGGUCAUUAUGGGCGAAAAUUUGGAUCGGAGUUCUCCUAUGGUGCCGAACAACACAGAUCCGUCAGGUAUUUCCGUUAAACAUACUAUAGAGCAGACGACUAGCACUCGAGAUCACGAUUCUGACCGGAGGCCUGAGUGGAUUGGUAACAAUCGUUGGAGUCCUGUGUGA